ACACGACUCUCUUUCUAGUGCAUGGAGAUUCGUCGACUGUACAGCGUCAACGGAGAGGCACGAUUGAACUAUCGCUCCAGUACAAAACCCGACGCGAUCGAUGAAAUUGCCAAAAGUGUGGAGUUUCAGUGAGUUUCCAAAGUUUUCAAAAGCUGCAGGUGAAGUGUAAUUAGUAUAAGAAUCAAGGGAUAUGCAGUUUUCAACGGAACCCAAUUCGGCGGGAAGGAGUUUUCAAUCGGGGAGUAAUUUAAUGGAAGCCAAAGUGAGCAGCAGUUGUACAACAGAAGAGUCCAAAGAACACGUCAAAAGACCGAUGAACGCUUUCAUGGUAUGGUCAAGACUCCAGCGUCGUAAAAUUGCGGAAAAACAUCCAAAGAUGCACAAUUCAGAGAUUUCGAAGAGGCUUGGCGCGGAGUGGAAGAUCCUUAGCGACGUGGAUAAAAGACCCUUUAUUGAUGAGGCUAAAAGACUACGGAUCCAGCACAUGAGAGAUCACCCGGACUACAAGUACAGACCUAGGCGAAAGCAAAAGACGUCUGUCAAGAACGUCGCCAGGUCCAGCUACCCAAAUUUUUCGUUUGUCGAUCCAAUUGAGCUAAGAAGAUACUACCAGCCACCAGCCUUCGAGUUUCCGAAGUAUUCUACUAACACGUUUCAAGAACCUCCCCUGCCAAGCUAUUCAACACUUUCGCCGAGCGGGACUGGCUAUCAGCAACAGCAACAGUUAAUUCGUGCGGCAGGAGUUUACGCAUCCGCGUGUACAGAUUUAAACACUUCCGUCGUAGACUUUCGUCAGCAGAAUCCCGCCUAUUACUAUGAGUAGUCGUUAUAAUGAGUCGCAAUGAUAACGAGUCUAAUGUUCAAGUAGAUACGUGUGAUAUAACAAAUUUUCAGCAAAGUGAAAUUUUUUAAAAUGGGUGCAUAGGUGAUUCUCUACCAUUCAUUUAAAAAAAAAAAAAAUGGAAACGGAAAAAAUAAUGCGAUUCUAUCGAGGUGUGUUGUUCGAGGAUUCGAUUACUCCGCAUGAAAUAUCUGAUGAGAGAAUCGGAUUAUUUCAUUGUUUUCUUAUUUUGAUGUAUUAAUG